AUGACUAUUCUUCGAGAGCAUAAUCGAAGCCGCAGCUUGGAGACGCUUCGUAGUGAUCUCCUCCAUGACCUCACCAACACUACCGAAGGACUUCACUUUGCUUCUACCACUCUUCUCCGAGGCAAGGCUGAUGAGAAAGAAGCCCUGGCCGUACUUUGCCCGGACAAAACUUACAAGGCAACUGACAUUGCCAUUGUACAUUUAAGCAAGCUCCUUGUCCAGUGCAACAAAUGGCUCCCUGUCCUUGAUGUACAGGGACCUAUGACGUACUGGGCUGUGGUUGCUGCCACGACCUCCGAGAUGCAGAAGAUUAAGCUCUCGGACGCACUGGCCAAGGAGCUGGUGUUUGCUCUUCUGCGUGCCAGACAGCGCUGGAUCCUUCGUCAGGAUAAUCCCCGAUCUGCUACGACUACUGUUAAGUCGCACUUUAUCGCUGGCCUCCAGCGACUUCUUCAACGUUUUGAAGAAAAGGACAAGGACCCCGCGGCGCUCAACUGGCAUAAACACGACGAGUGGAAGCUGUGUGAGAAGGAGAUUCGUGAGGCCAAGGCGCGUCUCAUGGGCCCCGGAAGACAGAUGGCCAGUGGCCGUAUUGGACUUUCCUAUCACGCCCCUCACCCCCUGUUGCCCAUCGGCCAGUUGUCGAGCGCUCCUAUGCUGGAGAGAAACCCCCUCGGCAUGCUUGACAGCUGCGUGGAGAAGAUCACUCCGGCCGAAGCUGUGCAGGCACUUCUAUCCCUCCAUGCCCUAGAGGCUGCCCACGCCGAGAACUUGAAGGCUCCCGCAGAAUUGCUGGGCAUGCCUGACGAUGAGCCGCAGGGCUCUUUUUUCCCGUCUCGUCGCGGUCUCCGUAAAAAGCCCCCAUUCAUCGGCACUGGCCAUAUCAUUCCAACCAAGUUGAAGGACAAGUUUCUGCCGAACCGCACAAAGGGCCCCGACGAUGACCAGUUCCUUUAUUCACGCCCAGUCAGACCCAAAGGCAGCAGCAUAGUCCCUAUCCCGCCGGUCACCUUCAAGCGCUUCCCGAGCGAAGAGCCCGAGGAUAAGGCCCCGACCAAGAAGCAAGUCUUUGACAAGGGAAAGGCCAGAUCCGUCUCGACUCCAGUCGUCAGCCAGUCGUCGCCCGCCAGACAGUCGUCGCCUGCCAGCCAGCCCUCGCUCACUCCAGGCAAGUCGACCAAGGCCGCUCGCUCGACCUCUCUACAGGUCCCUAAGACGCCCAAGACGCCCAAGAACUAA